AUCCCAUACCAGUGUCCAGAUAUGGAGAAGGUAAUCUCAAAAAAGUUAAGGACUUCAAGAAAUAAGAAGAAAUACUGGCGUAAAGGACCUCAGCUUGCAGAUGUUGAACAGUUUAUGCACGAUGAACAUGUUGAUAAAAGUGAAGGUGGUGUCUUACGGGAACGAGCCGACGAUGCUUUAUUCACACUGGAUCGAGAGCCUGACGACACCACACAAAAACUCACUCGCAAGCAACUGGCAGCCCUUAACAAGCGUAAACUGUUGGAAAGUAUCAAGGCGGUAAAGGAAGAAGAAACAGAAGAUAUUAAGCCAUCGAAAUCUGAACUUAAGAAAACAUUUCCGAAAAAGUCAAAAAGAUUAGCACGUUUGGCAAAGAAGCAAUCGCAAAAAAUUUUAACAUCUACAUCCAAGAAACCUUACGAUUUAUGGGCAGAUGGUAAUAUUGUAGGUGAUGGAGGCGAGGAACCAACGGAUGAAAUGAUUGCACAAAUGAGAGACUAUUGUUUGCAAACAACUAAACGUCGAAAACCGAAGGAGCCGUCAACUUUGAAGCACAUUACAAGUCUUUUGCCAAAAGUCGAGGUGGCUGGACCUGGAGCUUCGUACAAUCCUCCUGUAGCCAUGUAUGAGAGUUACAUUAAUGGAAUCGUUGAUGAGGAGAUAAAAGCGGAGAAGGUUGAGAGCAAGCUCGAGAAAGCGUUGAAACUAGCACCUGGCCAAACUUAUGUUUCAAAGGUGAGUGUGGAUGAGGCUUACUUCUGCUAUGAUCUAUCAGAUUCAGUAGUUUUUAUUCAGUCAGAAAAAAUGGCCGAAGAGAGUGCGGGCUUAUUUGACAACGAAAAACAGUCAACAAAAGCAGAAGAUGAUUCAGCCAAUCGGUCAGAUGAAGCAGAAAAUGCGAAAAAGUCAACAAUGAGACGUAGGACCAGAAAGGAACGACGUGUGGAAGCCUUGGAAAAGCAGAAGAAACUCAUCGAUGAAGAGUACAAGAGUGUGAAAAGUGCCGAACAGGCUGUAUUCGCAGUGAAAAAAAUCAACAAAGAAAUAUCAGAGGAAUUGACGCAGGUGAACGAAAAAGCAAAACUACGACGGAAACAAAAGUGGACAAAAAAAUUACUGGGUACACAACAACUAGGUCGAGGUAAGUUCAAACCAGAGGAACAACCAUUCUUGAUGACGGAUGAAUUGACUGGCUCACUUCGUGAACUCAAACCUCAGGGUAACAUCCUGAUGGAUCGAUUAAAAAGUCUUCAAAAACGUAAUAUGUUACCGGUACCCGGAGAAGAGGGUCGCGUGAAGUCGAAACUGAAAAAGAAAUUGAAAAUCAAAGAAACUGAACGAAGAUCACAUAAGGAAGUUACGCUUGGCAGUCGUGUUAUAUGA